UAAUUUCCAGGAAAAUUGUUCAUUUUCCUAGGAAGAACACUCUUCUCAUCAAUCUUUUCCUAUAUUUUCCCUAGAAAAUCAGUUAAUCAUUCAGGGCAUGGAAAUGGAUUAUUCGAUGAGCAGUACUCUGCAGGCAAGAAGAUUAUCACCCAAAAAAGCCAAAUCCAAGAAGCCUAUCAAAGUAGUGUACAUAUCAAACCCCAUGAAAGUGAAGACCAGUGCCUCGAAAUUCAGGGCCUUGGUGCAGAAACUCACCGGCCAAGACGCCGAAUUACUCGACGACCUGACAAAGUUCACCGACACUGGAGAAGCGGUCGACGAUGUUGGCGGAGAAAAUGACAACGACAACGACAAUCAAAGGGUCCUCGAGACCGUGGCAAAGAACGGUACCACUUCUCCCUAUUGCCGACAACAGUGUUCCGCCAUUGCCGUCGAUGGCGACCGAGGUGUCCCGCUGGACGCCUUCGACUACGACGACGUAUUUACUCAGCAGAUGAUUGAGAAUUUCACAGGGAUGUUGCCCCCAGGGCUUUUCAUAUAAAUAAAAAGAAGCUUCAAUGUACGCUCUCUUAGGCCUUAUUUUAUCUCCUUUUUUUUUCUAU